GGCAAGUCUCGUCCCGUUUCCUGUACUUGCUAGCUAGCGAAGCUACAUCCAUAUUCCUUCUACGCAAGGCACAUGUCUCCAUGCAACUUCCAGUUUCCUGGUCCACCUCAUCGAUUUAUCUAGGCUUCUGCCAGCGCCGGAAUUAAUCAAGGAAAGGAAGGAAUUUGCUGCCGCACAUCGUUUGACAUGAAGCUGCUGGCCUUGUUGCUAAGUGCGAACUAGAUCCUAGCCAAAAUAGUAGAUUGGUUUGAUUCAUCAUGCCUCCAGAGAAGAUUAAGAUCCAGGCAAAAAACAUUGAUGCCGCAGCAGGAGAGAUAGUUGAUGUUUUGGAGGAUGCACGCAAAGGAAACGUUAUCUACUUCAAGGGCUGGAGAGGAUUGGGAGCAUCCACAGUUCUCAAUCUGGUAGCCCAACGCCUGAAAUCAUCAACAAGAUCGAGCAAGUUUGAUAAGGUUAUCCAUGUGGACUGCUCCGCGUGGAAAAGCAUGAGGUCUCUGCAAAAGGCAGUAGCGGAGGAGCUGGAGCUUCCGCAGUCCGUGAUGGCCAUCUUCGAUCAGUAUGACAAGGACGACGACUUCAAUGGGAAAGAUGAAGGCUCCAGAGAGGUGAUAGCAGAUAUCAGGAUUGAAAUAUUCAGAAAACUCUAUAACAGUAGAUUUCUGGUGGUUUUCCACAACGGAAGCAACAGAUACAUUGAUUUGUAUGAGUGUGGUGUCCCAGUAAUAUCACUUUUGGGUAACAAGGUCUUGUGGACCUGGCACGGGAGGUUUCGGAUGAUUCUCAGAUUAGAAGAUGGGGAAAAGGUAAAGAUGAAGAGUCAGACAGAUGUUCGCUUAUCUGCUUCUCCUGAAUCUGAAGUUGAAGUGCUAGAUAUACUGCAUGAAGAGGCUUUGGAUGUUGCCAAGUGCACUGGGAUUGUUCAGCCCGACGAUAUGAGCCACAAGAUAGUCAUGGAGUGCCUCAUAUACAGGGCACUGAUUGCUACAGAUUUGAAGGCCCAUGCACCAAACUAUUGGAUCUGUGAUGGUAUUAUACAGGGCCAAGACAAUGCAUCAGCAUGGGACAUUGGCAAUUCUCUUCAGAGAAACAUGAGCUUGGAUUCACCUGUUAUAGGAUCUGAUGAGGCUGCAGCUUUUUUGCUACAUGUAUUGAAUGAUUCACAUGUUAACCGCUGGAAUUUCACCACUCACAAAGAACUGCGAAAUGAUAAAACUCAUGUGCUGCCUCCACAGGUCACAUCGUUCUUCCUUUCUGCAGAUGAACCACCAACAAAUACAACAUCAAUAUUGCCAGUUGGCAUGUUCCAACAUUCACAAAGUAGCAAGCUGCGUGUGUUACAUCUGUCUCAUUGCACCUUCAGUUUUGCAUCUCCUCCCUUCGUCCAUUGUGCCCAACUAAGAUUGCUCCAUCUGGACCAUUGCACAAAUAUCACAGAUGAUGACGAGCAUCCAAGCCACAAUGAAGACAUGUCAUGUUUCCAGAAGCUAUGGGUGAUGGAUCUGAGGUAUACAGAAUGGUACUGGCUACUGUCGGAAAUGAUGAAGAGGUUGAUGGUCGACCUCAGGGAGCUGAAUGUGGAAGGAGUCAAGCAUGGGAGCAUAAGUGAUUUGUGUGGCGGUAGACCAAGCCUUGUAGUACUUCGAGUAACAGUAGCUGAUCCGGUCCCUAUGGAGAACGAAGACACAACUAAUCAAGCACAUUUCCCCAAUAUGUCUAGUACAAACAGCCUUACGACAUCUAGCUUCAUCAACGACGUCCUGCCUCCGUGGCUCGAGUCAUUUAGCUUCAUCAACAUAGCUGCAACUGCUGCCAACAUAUCUAGCAUCUCCUUCCGGGGUUGUUCUCGGUUGAAGAGUAUACUUCUCAAAGGAAAUUUGGGGAGCCUGCAGGAGCUGGACCUCUCGGGCACGGCAGUGAAAACCCUUGACCUCAGAGAAGUGGAAGCUCCAAACUUCAAGCGUGUCAUGCUGCUGGGCUGCGAGAAGCUCCAUGCAAUAUUAUGGCCAGCGUACGAUGAAAUGGUUUGGGAUUUGGAGGAGUUGCACAUCAGCACUGUCCAAUCUGCAUCACCUAACCAGAACAAUUGGGAAGAGAAGACCAAGGAGGCUAGUGUUGCCGGAGGAUCAUCAUCCAUCCUUGGUUUUGGGGAAUCGCAACUAGGCACCGGGCGUAUUGCAUCUUUUGACUUUAAUUGGUACAUAUCUGUUGUGGAUCCAAGGCUCAUGUGGUCGCUUCUGCCCUUUCAGCAAGAAAUUAAGAGAAACUUUGUAUACAUGGAGAUUGAUUCAUCUCCUGCCAGUGGAGCUGCUGUUGGUGGCGGUGAAGUUACUCAAGGCAUCGGGAGCCAGCAACAGUUUGCUCAAUACUUAUAUGCAAGUGAUGUCUUUCAAGAAGAACCGCAAGCUAUCAGUACUAUCGAAGGUGUGAUCAGCUGGAUGUGGGCUUGUCCACCUACUCCUACUCCACUUCCUCAAGACUGGUACUUCCACAUGCAAGGCGAAGAGAAGAUGGAAAGAGGAUCUUUACAGCAACAAUACAACGCCCGAAGGAUUGAUACUGGUGUUGCUUUAGCCCCUGUUUUCAUGUGUGAUAAUGCACGGAUGCUGUAUGUGCAUGAUAGCUAUUCCACUACUUGCAUUCCAUGCCCACAAGGUGCAACGUGGAGGAAUCUUAUAUGGUGCCGAGUUGAGAGGUGCCCCAAGCUUUGCUCUGUCUUUGCUACUCCCCAACUAAGAAGUGGGGAGCACACCUUUUUCUGGCUGUCUACACUCUGGGCAUCCCAGCUCCCUAUGGCGUGCUACAUCUGGAACUGGAGUACAACAUACCAACCAAGUGGAAGAUCCUUCGAAGACCUAGUAUUAUUGCACCUGGACUAUUGCCCCAGGCUCAUACAUGUGCUUCCCUUGUCUGAGCAUAUGGACAUCCUGCCUAGCCUGGAGACGCUCGAGAUCGUGUGUUGCGGUGAUCUGAAGGAAGUCUUCCCUUUGGACCCUAAGCGCCAACAGAAGCGGGAAAUUAUAAGAUUUCCCACGCUAAGGCACAUCCACCUGUACCAGCUCUCCACUCUACAGGGCAUCUGUGGGAGCAGGAUGUCUGCGCCCAAUCUUGAGACCAUCAAGAUUAGGGGCUGCUGGGGCCUUAGCCGCCUGCCGGCCGUCAGCGGCAGCGCCAGGAAGCGGCCUAAGGUGGACUGUGAGAAGGACUUGUGGGACAACCUGAAGUGGGACGGUUUGGAGGCGAAACACGACCCUUCGCUCUAUGAAACACGCCACUCGCGAUACUACAAGAAAGCCCACCUGCCAAGAGGCACCGUGCUCAGGUAAACAAUUCCUUCCAUGAUUUGAGCGCUACAAGCACGUCGAUCCUAUGUGCUACGACGCUUAAUUAGCUGAAGCUUUCUCUGGAGUGUACACGUUUGUGUGGAUUGCUGUCUUACUUGAUGCUGCUUGAUUGGUCCGUGUGAAAUCUGCAUCUGCAUUGCCAUGGUGUGGCGGUGCGUCUUCCAGUUCAAUUUGAUUUGCUUUGGUUUGGCUUGGCUUGGCUUGAUUUGCUUUGGUUUGGUUUGGCUUGAUUCGGUUUGUUUGGCACAAGCUUUGAGACAGAGACAAAUAAAUAAGAGAGGGCAUUCAGCUUGGGUGGCAUGAGCACCCUGCCUGCUCCUGCUGUUGCUCUCCAUUUGUGUGUUGUGGUGUGUGAUUUGUCAGCUAUGAACUGAUGCGACUUUAUGUUUUGUUUUGACUGAUCAUAUAAGCUUGUAAAAUUUGGACCCGUUUUCUCUUUGACUGGUUGUUGCUGGAAACCGUUCCUUUUUACUAGCUAGAAUUAGACUCGCUAGAUAAUAUGUACUAGGCGACAAGCGGUUAACUGAUUAAUGCAAGGCCCUAUUGGCUGUAGCAGAU